AUGGCGUCCGGUCGAUCUGAUGAGUUUGCGGGUAUAAAGAAUAAAUAUGAGCCGAAACAGGCCACAUCUGACGUCUCGGGGAGGCGGGCAAUGGCCCCUUGUCUUCUGCAUUGUAUGUUGCCCCUUUGCGGGUGUGUAGAAGGGCUAUGGACGUCCGGCCGAAAGUGGCGCAAUCAGCAGGACACGGAGAGACCGGGCCGAAGAGAAGAGGCGCCUGAAAGCAGGUCGCGACAUGCAAUCGCAGUGACGAGACAGCUUGACAAAAAUAAAAUAACACCAAUUUGCUCCUUUUCCCAGUCCUAG